AUGUCUAAAAAACUAAGAAUUGAGAGCCAAGAAAUUAAUAGUGAAUCUGAAACCGAUAAUGGUUUUGAAGAGAAUGCAAGUAUUAAUAAUAGAACUGAAAGUAAAAUUGAUCUUUCUACUGAAAAUUUACAAGAAGUUGAGUCUGAUUUAACUUAUAUGGUGCCUUCUACAGCUACUUCUAUGGCUACUUCUCAUAAAUCUUCUUGGUACGAAGUGCCAUGUCGUCAAACUAUAAAAAAUGAAAUUAUGAAGUGGCACAAAAGUAUGGAAGAAAAAAUUAAAGAAGAGCUUGCAACAACACAAAAAGUAUCAAUUACUUGUAAUAUUUGGAGCUCUAUCACAAUGCAGUCUUAUUUAGGUGUGACAGUUCAUUAUGUCAAUAAAGAAUGGAAAUUACGACAAUUUUUACUUGAUUUGUGUUAUUUUCCAGAACAACAUACAGCAAUUAGAAUACAAGAACUUCUUUUAGAUAUUUUAGAUGAUACAAAUAUUAGUAGCAAGUUAUUAGGACUUACAACUGAUAAUGCAAAAUCAAUGAUAGCUAUAGGUCGUGAUCUUAAAACUGAAUUUGCUUCAAAAGGCAAUAAAGAAUUAAUUCAUCAACGAUGUGCAGCACAUAUUUUAAAUAUUGCUCUUGAAAAUGUUCUAGAAUUAAAGCCAGAUCUAGAUAUAAAUACUAGAUGGAACAGCACUUUUUUAAUGAUAAAUAAAUUUUUAAAAAUGAGAAAUCUUUUUGAUAUUCUUGUAGCUAAACAUCGAGAUCUUUCACCAUUAUAUUUGCAAGAUGACAAUUGGAAUAGACUUAAAGUAAUGAUAGAUAUACUUCAUCGAUUUUUUGAUGCAACGGAAAUUCUAUCUACUUCGACAUAUCCAACUAUAAGCGAUGUUAGAUUAACUAUAUUUGGAUUAAUUCGCCAUCUUGAUUUUUUUUUAGAAGAUUCUUUGGAUGAUAAUGAUUAUUUAUUUAUUGAGUCUAUUAAUUCUAAACUAAAUGAGUAUUGGAAUUACAUUGAAGAAUCAACAACAAUAAGCACAUUAUUAGAUCCAAGAUCUAAGACAAAAACAUUUACAACUACUAAGCAACAUGAUUUUCCGGUUCUUGCAACAAUGGCUUCAUGCUACUUAAGUAUACAAGGCUCAAGCGUUCCAUCAGAACAAGCCUUUUCAAUAGCCGCUAAUGUAAUUACUAAGAUACAUUGCAAUUUAAAACCAGAAUCAGCUCGUACUGUAAUGCGUUUAAAAAGUUGGAUUCUAAAAAUUUGUGAUAAGCAAGAUAAUGAAAAUGAUUUAGAUGUAGAAAUUUUAUCUGAAUCAUAA